AUGCGGAGGCUGGAGCCCCGCACGGUGCCGCUGCCCCUCGUGCUGCUGCUUGUCCUCACGGCCACCGCGCAGGGACAACAAGCCACCGGUUCCAGGGAGCUGCAGCCCUGGCUCAUCGGCCUCACGGCCGUCGUCGUCUUCCUCUUCAUUGUCUUCGUGGUCCUGCUGGCCAACCGGCUCUGGCGGAACCGGGAGCGCAGGAAGCGCGACAAGUUCCAGGACAUCCAGGAAAUCCACAGGGUGGAGAAGGCCUCGUACGACAACCCAGCACAGGAAAAGGAUGAGCCGAAGAGCAGAGCCACGUCCCUGUGA